AUGGAUCCAGACCAAUUCAGGACCGCUGCUCAUGCAGCCAUUGACGACAUAAUAAACUACUUCGAAACCCUCCCCUCCCAGCGUGUCGUCCCAACCAUCGAACCCGGCUACCUCCGCCCCCAAAUCCCCUCCAACCCACCCACAGACCCAGAAUCAUGGCCGGAAAUCCAAGCCGACAUCGACACAAAAAUCAAGCCCGGUCUGACCCACUGGCAAUCGCCCAACUUCAUGGCCUUCUACCCAGCCAACGUGACAUACCCAUCUAUUCUGGGCGAGAUGUACAGUGCUGCAUUCAACGCGCCGGCAUUUAAUUGGUUGUGCUCGCCUGCGUGCACGGAGUUGGAGACGAUUGUUAUGGACUGGGUUGCAAAGGCGCUGUCACUACCGGGUUGUUUUCUGAGUGAUUCGGAGAAUCGCGGGGGCGGCGUUAUCCAGGUUUCUGCCAGUGACUCGAUUGCGACGGUUAUGGUUGCCGCGAGGGAGCGGAGGGUGCGGGAUCUUAUGCUUGCGGAGGGGUUGAAGGAGGGGACGCAGGAGUCUGAGGAGCGGAUGAUGGAUUUGCGGCCGCGGUUGGUCGCGUUGGGGAGUGACCAGGCGCAUUCUAGUACAGCGAAGGGGGCGAUUAUUGCGGGGACGCGAUAUCGAAGUGUCAAGGCGCGGUUGGAGGAUAAUAUGGAGAUGACGGGGGAGGGGUUGCGAAGCGUGUUGGAGCAGUGUGAGCGGGAUAAUCUGACACCGUAUUAUAUCACCUUGACUAUGGGUACGACGAAUACCUGUGCUCUUGAUCGGUUUGCGGAGAUCAAGGCUGUAUUGAGCGAGAAGCCCGCUUGGCAGAGGAUAUGGGUGCAUAUCGACGCUGCAUAUGCGGGGUCUGCGUUGAUCGCAGAGGAAUGGCAGCACAUUGCGCAGGACUUCGCAGAGGGCGUCGACUCGUUUAACUUCAAUAUGCACAAGUGGCUACUUGUCAACUUCGACGCAAGCUGUCUUUUCGUCCGCAACCGCCAGGAUCUCAUCGAUGCUUUGGACAUCACACCAGCGUACCUGCGCAACACCUACUCGGAAACCGGGCAGGUCAUCGACUACCGCAACUGGUCCAUCUCGCUGGGACGACGUUUCCGCGCGUUGAAGAUCUGGUUCGUCAUGCGCAGCUACGGGCUUACUGGCAUGAAAGCGCAUGUCCGUAAGGCUAUUACUUUGGGGAAGACCUUUGAAGACUUGAUUCGGAGUCGCGCGGACUUGUUUGAGACUAUCACUAGGCCUGCGUUUGGGUUGACUGUGUUCCGGAUUAAGGCGCCUGGAGCUCAGGCCAAUGCAUUUGUCGUGCAACCGGAUGAGGCGUCUAAUACAUUGACGAAGAAGGUAUAUGAGUUGAUUAACGCCCGGGGAGAGAUUUUCAUCACUGCCAGUGUUGUGGCAGGUGUACAGGCGAUCCGGAUUGUGAGUGCGAAUGAGGCGGCUCAGGAGUCGUAUAUUCAGCGGGCAUUUGAUAUCAUUGUUAAGACUACGGAGGAAUUGAUACAGUAA